AUGAAUCCGGACAGACGCACUCUUCCCGCGACUGAGGGAGGGGCAGGGACGGGAGGAGGAGAAGGAGGGCAAGAGCCUGGACACGGCGGGCGAGGCGCGGCGACUACGCACCCUUCGCCGCAGCAGCACGGCGGCCCCCAGAAUGUCGUCUACUCGGGACUCGUCGUCGCAGUGUCGCUGGCUCUCUUCCGCUCCGGACCCGUCAACAUCUUGCUGGUGGUCGGCACUGCCGCCCUGCUCCUGUGCAAUCCCUGGGUCCGCACGCUGCUCGAGCUGCCCUCGACCGACGCUGCAGCAAAGGCGAGGAGCAAGUUUGACCCGGCCAGGUACCUUCUAUUCACGCACGGCACUCGCGACGACGAUGCAAAGGAGGCUGCGGCGGAGCAAGAUUCGCUGCCGUCGACGCAGAACGAUGCCGCGCUCGAUGGCGGGGCCAAGCAGCUAUCGACGACGACCAUCGCACCUCCGCUUCGCAAGCCUGUCCAGCGCCUCGUCGAGCUGGUCGUGCGCGACUUUGUCAAGCAUUGGUACGACCCCAUCACCUUUGCCCACCCCGGCUUCCCCAAGGCCGCCGACGCCAGCAUCUCGCACAUGAUCGCCAGCAUCUAUCUGCGGCUUGGCAGGCUGCGCAACGUGGAUGCCACGUCGGAGCUGCUGCUGACGUCGCAGAGCGUCAUCCUCGCCUCGCUGCGGCGGAAGCGGAAGCGGCUACAGGCUUUCGGCAACCCGAUGCCCGACCCCGACGAGGCAGAUUCCGACCUCACCUGGCCUAAUUCCUCGGCCCGCAUCGAAUCGCUGCGCAAGGGCAUACGAAGGCUGCUCGCGCGCAACAUGACCGGCUCCGAGAGGCAGUCGCCCGUCGUUGUCUCGCUCAUGACCGAGAUCCUCACAAAGCAAUGCUGGGAGGCGGUCCAGUACGUCAGCGACCCGGACUUUAUCAACAUGCAGAUCGUCAAGUGGGGGGAGCCGGCUAGCGAAACGAGCCUGCACGACAAGACGCUGUCGCCAAAAGAGCUUGAGGCGGUCAAGGACGCCGCCCAAGGUACUCUCGCAGGUGUCGUCGACGGGCGCCCCAACAAGGCGCUGGGCGCGGCGGCCGGGGAAGCGACAAAAGGCCUCUUCGCGGAGCAACCCGAGCUCAGCCCAGGCGACGUCGGCAAGUUGACACCCCAGGAUCUGGCAGAUCAGCCGGCUGCAGCACCGCAGCAGGAUCCCGGCCAUACGCUCAGCUCUGAUCCGCUGUCAUCGCUCGGCGGGUUCGCAACGUCGGCCCUGAGCAGCGUGACGAAUGCCGCCGGCCGCACCGUCGAUGUUGUCGGCGAGGGGCUCGGCGAGGUGGGCAACACGCUUCUAGGUGCCGUCGGCGAUGACGACGCCGAGCGUUCCGCCAUCCCGCCUCGCAACAUGCGCCUCGACGUGCCCUCCGCGCUCUCCGAUCCGCCUCUGCCCGACUCGCUCAAGAGGAGUUUGCGGCAAGUGCCGGGCGCGUCAGGCCAAACGCCGACCUCUACAGAUGCCUACACCAUCCCAGACACUCCGGAUCCCGCACCGGCGCCGACCCAGCGCGGCCCUCCGCUUCCGAUGAGGCCCACGGCCUCCUCCCCGGUCAAGGCGGCCGGCCAAAUGGACUUUCCCUCGCUGGAUCAGGUCCUCUCGGGGCAGGCGGGGUCAGUGUAUGACGCCUUCGAGGCAUUUCUCGAGGAUGCGCGCCCGCCUCUAUGCGGGCCUGGAGAGGGCGAAUCGGUGCUGCGCCUUCACACGCAGCUCGGCACCCUUUCCACCAUUGCUCAAUUCGAAGACCUCGAUGCGCGCACCCUCCACGCCGACGCGAGCAACAUCCUCACAAAGGCGCUGCAGCGCUUGCCCAACGACAGCGACGCCGACGGAAGCCGCAAGUCGCUGCGCACGGCGCUGGCGCAGACCCUAGACCGCUUGCGCGUCGAGCCGAGCAUGGCGACGCUGGAACCGCUGCAGCACGAUCUCGACGACCGGCUGGAGCGGCUCUAUCGUGCGUUCGCAGAGCAGACGCAAGGCGCCUCCCGAUCGCGGACGACUGCAGCUCCGGCUGCCACUCAGGCGUCCUCCCACAGCCGGGACCAUUCGCGCACGAGGUCCGAACGCAGCACCGACGCGGAAUCGCCGUCGAGGCCGCUGGCGUACGAGCCCAGACGAAAGAACUCUGGCCCGUCGCUGGCGACAGGCGGUGGCGUCGCAGCUCUCACGCAGCCACCGUCGCGUCCUCCCUCGACGCCGCCGAGACCAUCGUCCAUCCCCUCGCGCUCGACCUCGACUCCGCAGCCUCCGCCUCCUCGCUCUGGCUCGACGGACGGUCUGGACGAAGGCGCUGAGCGCGCGUCGCCGUCGGCAGGCACUUCGCAGUCGGACGCAACCAACGCCGCCGCCCGAGGCUCGGCAGAGGUGAUGGUGACGGACGUGAGCAACAACGCCGGCAAGGCAGGGCCGCUCGACGCGCGGAGCCUCGAGCUGAUGAUUGUCGUCGAAGGCAUCUCGUCGGACGGAGGCCACGGCGACGGCUUUGUGCUGCUGCGCCGCUGGUCCGAGUUCGAGGCGCUCGACGCCGAGCUGCAGCGGAUGCCGCGCUCGUCGAACCCACCGCCCCGCCUGCCCGCGGCCAAGGGCAAGAGCAGCGCGCAGUUCUGCCCGGAGCUCGAAGGCUACCUGAGGGCGCUGCUGGCGUCUUCGAUGAUGGACCACCUUGCCUCGAACCCGACCAUGCAGCGCUUCAUGGACAAGAACCGCGCCGGCGCGCCUGCCGAGGCGGUGCGCGAGCGCGGCGGGCCGGCGGCCUUCUUUGGCGGCAUCGGCAAGAACAUUGUCAGCGGCGUGGGCGCGGUGGGCAAGACUGCCAAGACGGGCUUCGGACUUCAGGCCUCGGCGGCCGUGGCGGCGAGCCAGGCGGCUGGGCCAACGGGAACGAUGCCGGCGCCCGGAGCCGUGGCACGUCCGACGGUCGAGGGUGUUGCGCGGGGGAUCGCCACGCCCGCGAUGGCGUCGUCGGGCAGCCCGUUCCUCGACAGCGCCUCGAGCGACGCGUCGGGCUUCCCCUCGCGGACCGGUUCGCCCUCCGGCCAGCAGCGCCCUGCGUCUGGCCCGGCGGCCCAGAUGAGCGCCAAGGACUUGGACCAGAUCCUCUCUGCCAUCUUUGCCGUGGCCGACGAGGCGUUCAACCUGCAGGGCGGCUGGACGCUGCGGCGCGGUAUGCUGCGCGUGCUCGAGCAGGUGGUGCGGACGACGUACUCGGGCAGCGUGGUGUCGACGUUCAACGAGGCGGCCUCGUCGCUCAACCGGGACAGCUUCGCCACGUGGACCGAGGCGCUGCUGGACUCGUACUGGCCCGAGGGGCAGUGGUCGACCGAGAGCUGGCCCGAACGCACGGCCGAGGAGCGUCAGAAGACGGCGGAGCGGGCGCGAGAAAUCAUCGUGUCGUACGCUCCCGCCCAGGCCGGGUAUGUGCUGGGACCGGGCGGACGGGCGGCGUGCGUAGAGGCGCUGGCCGCUGUGCACGAGUCCCUCACCGACCCCGUCACCGCCGCCGACCUUGGCCUGACGAUGACGCUCAAGGUGCUCGAGAUGUCGAGCAGGUGA